UGGGAGCCCCACUUUGACGAGUGUGUACACGCCAGCCUCCAACCAAAGAGAAUAAACCAAAGAGUACAGAAGAGAAGAAAGUCAAGCAAACACAAACCAAAAGCAAAAGAAAGACACCCGCUUUGCCAUUUCUCAUUUCCCUUUUGACUCUUCUCCUUCUUAUCCCUUCUUUGUUUGUUUCUUUCUCCUUUCGAGUUUUCUCUGAUUCAAAUAAAGAUUUUUCAGACAAAAAAAGACAGCUUUUUGCGGAGAGAGAGAGGAAAAAAAAGAUAGCUUUCGAGCAAAGGGAGAGACAGUUAGCAUCAUGAACCAGAAGGCUAACGUUUCUAAACAACUUAAUGCCAAACACGGAAAGAUAUUGGAUGGCCUUCUUAAGUUGCCUGAAAAUAAAGAGUGUGCAGACUGCAAAAGCAAGGGACCACGAUGGGCUAGUGUUAAUCUAGGAAUAUUCAUUUGCAUGCAGUGUUCAGGGAUUCACAGAAGUCUUGGAGUACACAUAUCAAAGGUGAGGUCUGCCACUUUAGAUACAUGGCUUCCAGAACAGGUUUCUUUUACUCAAUCCAUGGGGAAUGAAAAAUCAAAUAAUUACUGGGAAGCAGAGUUGCCUCCCAAUUAUGACAGAGUUGGAAUUGAGAAUUUCAUUCGUGCAAAAUAUGUAGAAAAAAGAUGGAUUCGCAGGGGUCGAAAGGCAAAGUCACCUUCGAGUGUGAGUGAAGAGAAGGCAUCACUUCAGAGAAUAGAAGCCAGAAGUGGUGGCUAUAAGUAUGUGAAUAAUGUAAAUCAUGUUCCUGAGGAGAAGAAAAUUACUCACCCACCUGUUAAAAUAAACAGAACUCCCACUCCUAAAAGUUGCUCGCAAGUGCUUGUAAAUGUUCCUCAGAAGGUUACACCUGAUACAAGACCACAAGAACCUCUACUGAAUUCCAAAUCAUCAGCCUCAAUGGCUGAAUCUGUAAAGCAGGAGGUUACGACUACUCCUUCAGUCUCAAAGGCUGAAUCAAUAAAGCGGGAUGUUAAUACUACUGCAUCAGUAGCAUCACCCAAAGUCGAUUAUGCUACUGAACUUUUCAAUUUGCUCUCCAUGGGGGAUUCUAGAGAAAAUGACUCCAACACUUCUGCUCAUAAUAAUUCUUGGGCUGGUUUUCCAUCUACUGAAAAAAAAUCCUCCAGGGAAGCAAGUGAUUCAUUAAACUUUAGUCAAAGCAUGGUGCAACUUGAAAGCGGAACCGAGGAUUUAUUUAGAGAUUCAGCAACAGUGAAACAAAAGCUUUCAGAGAAACCACCUGGAGAUAUCAAACAUGAUGUUGUGAACCUCUUUGAGAAGUCAAGUAUGGUGUCUCCAUUUUCUGUCCAUCAACAACAACUUGCUAUGCUUUCCCAACAACAGUCUAUCAUGGGUACUGCUGCAAAGCCUAUUGGUGGAUACCAAGCCUUCCCUGCCAAAGCCCAUCAAUUCAACUCCAAUGGCUUGCACUUUCCUGCUCCAAAUUUCGGAAGCAUUGGCCACCAAGUUCCUGGAAUGGUGAUGCCAGUCGUUGGUCUACAGAAACAUAUGCAGAUGGGAAGCAACCAACAGAUGCAUCCAGCGGGAAAUUCAGUUAAUUUUCCUACUUCCAGAAAAAAGAAACUAAAGUCCAAUCACCAGAUUCAUAGUUUAUCAAGGUUGGAUCACAGCACACUGAAUAUACUGUUUCAUACCUUCAUCGACCCUGGCAUGAAGAGUUUUAUUUGAAGCCAAUUAUCUGAUUAGCACAAUACAAGCGACACAGACAUAAAAACUCGAGAGAGGUGUGGAAGCAUGCAGAUACACGAUGACUGAGUUUCACAAGCACUUUGUUCAAAUGCAUUUUUUGUUUGAUCAACAAGUAAUCACUUUCAUCUAACUUGUCACUAAUUUGGUUGCACCUGCAGUUUUUACAAUCCGCGGCCAGUAGUUCCACAAGCCAUCAGCAUGAAAAGUAUUGGAGGUAGGCCUAUCUCAGCAUCGCCAGCUCCUUCAAUUACUCCAACACAAUGGGGAAA